AUGGUGAAACACCAACCCUUACAGGUCUAUGAGAAACAGGUCUUUGUGUCCUUUGUCACUGGGAUCUAUGGUUGCCGCUGGAAACGCUACCAGCGCUCCCAAGACGACAGCUCCAGGUGGGAAUGUACGUGGUUCGUCAUCUUGUGCAGUUCUUUUCUCCUGCUUGUCUUUUGGGCCUACUUUUGGCUGGUGGCUCAAAAUGAUUUUAAUGAGUUCAACUGGUCAGUAUACAACCGCUCUGGAGAGUGGAGGGAUGAGACCAUCCCCAUCCUCACAUCCACCACUGUGGGAUUCAGCUACAUCACAUUUUUAAUGAUUUUAGCACUGUUCCAUAUAUCCUUGGGCCAGCAGCUCAACCUCUACUGGGUUCACAAGAUUGGAGUGCUGGCUACGCUACUCACAACCAUCUCUGGUGUGGUCUCUGUUGAUGACAUAUGGGGAGAUGAGUGGGACAUCCUGCUGGUGUCACUGCAGUCUACAGCACCGUUCCUGCACAUCGGAGCCUUGGCAAUUGUCACAGCUUUGAGCUGGUUGGUAGCUGGAUAUGUGGUCCGCCAAGAGAGAUCAAAUUCCCAGAUGGUUGUUUUGCUGUUGUACAUCGUCAUCCUUCUGGCUCUCUAUUUGGCACCGCUCACAUUCACCUGCCCCUGCAUCAUGGAUCGCCACAGCCUCAGACCUCGACCAGACAUCAUUGGUCGACGGGGAGCUCCUAUGCUGGCCCCAGAAAACACCAUCGUGUCCUUUCACAGAGCCCUGCAGCAUGGGGCGAGCUCCCUGGAGGCAGAUGUCACUAUCAGUGUGGACGCUGUUCCCUUUCUUAUGAGAGACCAAACGUUGAGACGGACCACCGACGUUAGUAAGGUCUUCCCAGCCAGACAGUAUGAUGAUGCCUCCUUCUUCAACUGGACAGAGAUUCGCUCUCUGAAUGCAGGACAGUGGUUUUUGGAGAGUGACCCCUACUGGACAGUAGAAACCCUGACAGUAAGAGACCGGAGCAGAAUAAGCAACCAGACAGUUUGCAGUCUGGUGGAGAUGCUGCGCCUGGCAGCUAGGACCAACGGCUCUGCAUUGCUCAAUGUCCGCAGGCCUCCACCACAGCACCCACGCCACCGGAGCUGGUUCAUGGACACACUGUGGGCUGUGCAGAAAGCAGGGAUUCCCACGAAGAGGGUGACGUGGACCCCUGACACGGAUAGGGGGAGGGUGCGAGGGCUUCCUCAGACCACAAAUGAGAAGCUGUCAGUGGAAGAGAUAAGGCAGCGGGGAAUAACAAGCCUGACCCUCCACUACGGCAAGGCCAGCCACAAAGACAUACAGGAGUAUCUGGCGAAUAAUGUGAGUGUGACUGUCUACCCAGUGAAUGAGCCCUGGCUCUACUCCAUUCUGUGGUGUAGCGGGGUGCCUUCUGUAUCCUCUGAUGCCCCUCAAGUCCUCCGAAAGGUGCCUUACCCCAUCUGGCUCAUGAGCCAGAAAGCGUACAACUUCAUCUGGAUCACUUCGGAUCUUGUCUCCCUCACCAUAGUCAUUGGGAUUUUCUGUUUUCAGAACUAUCAUAUGAUCAGGUGGAAGAUGAGUGGGAUGCAGAACUAUAACCCGGAACAGAUAAUGUUGUGUGCUGUGACACAUCGGUCCAGUUGCGACGUCAACAUCAUGAAGGAGAAGCUCAUAUUCUCAGAACUCAACAAUGGGCUCAGCAGCACAGAGGAGCUUUCUCUGUAUUCUGAGAAUGGUUAUGCCAGAUAAUCUCAUGGAGGCCGCUCAGGUCGCUGAACAAAAUACACUGCUAAAGCUGGCAAGUCUGGGAUGUUAGCUUGAUUUCAGAGUGUUACUGACUGAAAGUUAUUUUCUUGUCACAAUCAAAA